GGGGUCGUUUUAUGCUGUGUUUUCUGAGGGAGACGAAAAGGUGGGCUAGUGGAAAUGGAAUGCGUUUGUUGGAGGAGGAGGAGUAUAGACUAUGACUGUGUAAUUAAGUGAGAGAAAACAUAUUGGGGACGGAUUUGUUAGUAUCGUGCAGACUGAGGGUGUACAGGUCGAUAUUAUAGGCUAUCAAGUUUGAACAAGAAGAGUGUGGAAUCUGAAAUUCAGCGCUUUCUAUACUUUUCACAAUACUUUCAUGAAUUAACUUCUCACAUUAUAAAGCGCACUGUUCCAGAAAAUCGGGUUUUCUUUUUAACUUCAUUCACCGGCUCGGAUUGAGAUAACCAUAUAGGGAUUCAAUGUGCUGCUUUGGAAAAUAAUAGCCGGUCUGCCAUAUCGUCUCCAUUUAAACUGAGAACAGGGGAUUGUUUGGACCUCCACAAUCUAACUGAUGUUCUUGUAUAACACCUUUGCGCGGAUAACUUCUCCACAAUCUUGCAUGGUGCUUUACGGGCAAGAAGGAAUGGCGCGAUAAAGUGGUAGCCUAUACCUGGCAUUCAGAAGAAUCAAUCGAAGUACCUAUUUUGUGUACACUGCUGGCUCAUGAUGUACUCUCCGAUUUGUCUUACUCAGGAUGAAUUUCAUCCCUUCAUCGAGGCACUUCUCCCUCACGUCCGUGCCAUCGCCUACACGUGGUUCAACCUCCAGGCGAGGAAACGCAAGUACUUCAAGAAGCAUGAGAAGCGGAUGUCUAAGGAUGAGGAGCGUGCGGUCAAGGACGAACUGCUCAGCGAGAAGCCCGAGAUCAAGCAGAAGUGGGCCUCGAGGCUCCUCGCCAAGCUCCGCAAGGACAUCCGCCAGGAGUACCGCGAGGACUUUGUGCUCAGCGUGACAGGCAAGAAACACCCGUGCUGCGUUCUCUCCAACCCCGACCAGAAGGGCAAGAUCCGCCGGAUCGACUGUUUGCGGCAGGCCGACAAGGUGUGGCGCCUAGACCUGGUCAUGGUCAUCCUGUUCAAAGGCAUCCCGUUGGAAAGUACGGACGGAGAACGCCUCGUCAAGUCGCCGCAUUGCACCAACCCAGCACUUUGCGUCCAGCCGCAUCACAUUACAGUGUCGGUCAAGGAGCUCGACUUGUUUCUAGCAUACUAUGUCCAGGACCAAGACGCACAGCAGUCAGGAAGUCCCAGUAACAAUGAGCCAGGCAACAACCCUCCAGUUUACUUGGAAGACAGCUUCAUCAAAUCAGGAGUCUUCAGUGUUUCGGAGCUGGUGCGGGUGUCCCGAACGCCCAUCACCCAGGGGGCAGGGGUGAACUUCUCCAUGGCCGACAUGCCUAGUCAGCCGUACUACCAUGACCUGAACUCCAGUGUGGGCCUCCAUCGCUCCCUCUCCUCCCCGCCUGGCAGUAAACGGCCCAAGACCCUCAACAUAGAGGAGAGUAUGGAGACCAGUCCCACUGGCCCUGACUUCUAUUCCUCACCUAGCUCCCCAGCUAGUGGCAGCAGGACCUGGCACGAGAGAGAAGACCUGUCGUCUCCCACCAUGAAGAAGCCCGAGAAGCCUCUCUUCAGCCCCACCUCCCCACAGGAUUCCUCACCCAGACUGAGCACUUUCCCCCAGCACCACCACCCCGGACUCACAGGCAUCGGACACAGUGUUAUAUCAACGAGGAGUCCUCCCCCCCAUUCCCCCCUGCAGUUCUCUGCCUCUGCCAUUCUCCCCCCCGCCCCGUCACCCUACUUCUCCCACCCCACCAUCCGCUACCCGCCCCAUCUCAACCCCCCUGACUCCCUGAAGAGCUACGUGUCCAGCUACGACCCGUCCAGCCCACAGACCAGCCAGCCGAACAGCAGUAGCCAGGUGGGGAAGGUUCAGGGCCACUUCACCCCGGUCCUUGCCCCCUCUCCGCACCACGGCACAGUGCGACCUGUCUCCCUCUCCAUGCCCGACACCAAGCCCAUCACAUCAGAAGGCUACUCAGCCCCGGGCACCCCCACAGCCAAUCGUUUUGUAGGACUGAGCUCUAGAGAUCCAGCCUUCCUUCACCAACAACAGCUGAGGAUAUGUGACUGGACCAUGAAUCAAAACAGCAGGCAUUAUGGCCCCAGUGGCACUGAGGAUACUUUGGGGAUUGCUUGGCAAAGUCCUGGUACCUGGGCGAGCUUAGUUCCAUUCCAAGUCACGAACGGGACUCCGAUUCUGCCGACAAAUGUCCACCAGAACUACAGCAUAAACAUCAUUGGUGAACCCCCCCUCCUCCACACAGAGGCAGAGAACUGAAGACCGCUCAAGGGGCAAGAAGUGUCGGCUACGGGGGAACUAACCAGCAAGCAGCACUUAAAACAAUGGUGCUUACCCCCUCUCCCCCCCCCUCCCCCCUUCCCCCCUCCCACAGACCCCUCCUCCUUCGGGACAUUGGCCAAGAAGACUCGAGUAGGUUUGGAGAAAAACUGAUCCGGUCCACUCUAGCUAACCCUUCGCCAUGCCAGUCAGUCAUUGUGUGAAAAGAGCCUUUCUAUUCAAAAUACUGUGAUGUAUCCUGUACAAAAAAACUUAAGAUGCCUUAAUGUUUUGCAUGACAACUCUUAGUCUAAUAGUGGUGUUCUUCUUCAUUUUGAUGUUGGGAGUUUCUAACCUUGGUUACGAACAGGGGAAGUGGUGGUCUGAAACACACAAAGACUGGCUGGUAGUAGACGUACCCGACUGUAAGUUAUUCAACUUUGACCUUUACCCCUUCUAUAUCAAACUAUUCACUGUGUAACCAUAGGAACAAAUUGUGAAUUCAGAGUGUUUUUUCCCUUAGAUUUCAGUUUACUGUGAUAUAUAUUUUUUUUUACUCAUUAUCCUGUUGAUUCUGUACUGCUAUCUACUUAAAAGUGAGUUAUACUCUUAAGAGUACUCCUAACUCUUACUAUGGUAAACACUAUUUUUAGGUUCGAGAUUUGACCCCUUUUUUGAAAGAAUUCGUAUCUCCUCUAGAAAAAGUUUUUUUUUUAGAUUUAAAAAAAAAAAUCUUGAAAACUCGAAAGAGGCAAGUGCAAUUGAAUUUUUGAAGGGAAGCUAUCAGUCUGUCAGCCCUAAGACUCUAAAGGAAAGGGGAUAAAUAUACGUUUUUUGGUUUAAAUACGUAAACGUGAAAUGUUUAAAAAAACAUUUGAGUUGAUUUCAGUCGCAUUUCUUUGUGUCUCAAUAUGGAAAGAAAAAAAUACUAAACCUGAAAUGCAGAGAUGUGUUUGAAGGUGCGCAUUAAGCUACCUAUGCAGAACUGAAUAUGAACAAGCCAGCACUUCUAUUGAGCCCUACUCAGUCUCACGGGGAGCUUUUUAUUUAUUGUGGAAAAAAUAACAAACAGAAAGUUCAAAAAUGAAACACACAUAGUGUAUAAAAUGCCAAUCGAAAUCAAUAACAUAUUCAUUUGGCCAUUAGCUUAUGAAGCUUGGGUUUACAGUAUGACUUGACGGAAAAAAAACGAAUGCAGGUUGUUAAAGUCAUUAGCUAAAAUGUAUGUGUACGUCUCAAAAUCGGCACUUUUUGUACAACCUCGAACCUGCAAGGUUGCAGUGGGUUGCACAUUUUGCCACUUGAACACUAAAAAUCCCAGAUACAAUGGUGGCAUUCCCUGAAAUCUAGAAUUGUGCAAGGCAGGUUUAUUGACUUGACCUCUCUCCAAGUCCAGAUAUGACAAAUCUCUCCAAUACUCUUCAUUUGCACGAUGACAUAUAGCCCACAUUACGUGCCUUGCCUUUGAAUAUAAAGAUAUCACUACACUUGUUUUUUUUUGCGGCAUUUAUUACCAUUAUAGAAAAGAAACUAAACAAUUUAUGAUAAUACUUUUUUUUUGUACUCUGAACAAAAAUUGUGACAUUGUUAAUUUUUUACUUUCAUUUACUACUUUCUCUCACAGUUACGGUGCAUAUCAAGUAUAGUUGCCGUUUUAAAGUCUAUAAUCACCAGCAUUAUUUUUCAGUGUUUUCGGUGGUUUUCGAAUAACCUUUCAUUUUUGUUUUAUUGUUUUGUUUUUUGUUUUUCCAUCUUCCAGUUACUAUUGAGGAGAGAAGAAUUCAGAUUUAUGAAAAUUAUGCAAUACCAAGUUUUGCCUAUGUAGGUAGUGCUUAUAGAUACGCCAAUUAUUGUAGGCUAGUUUGGAGAUAGACAAUAUUGUAAUGCAUUUAUUUUGUCGAUAUCGUUGUUGUUGUUUUCCUUUUUUAAUUGACCAAAGUAGGGACUGCUUUCUAUGCAGUGAAUGACAAGGUCUUAUUGUUGUGUAUUGACAGAUGGAGAGACAUGUUUCAAUUUGUUUUUAUUUCUUGGGGGAGGGAGGAGCCAUUUUUCUAAGCUUACUGUUUGCCUGUAAUGAAUGCACCCGUUGGUCUCGUAUGGCUGCAAAGUCACUGAUCUGUCUUCUGUGACAAACUUGACUCUUUGCAUUCAACUUCCCACCUGGGGUGCUAGCAUGUGACAUUGUCUAAGCUCAUUUUCACAGGAGAGACAGCUUGACUUGUGGGACCAUCACAAAAAAAUGUAAAAAUUCAGGAGAGGAACACGCUAACCUUAAUCAGACCCACAAUUGCAAACUGAAAUCAUACUGCAAUUGUAAAAAAAAUGAAAAAUAGCAGGAAGCUAUAAAAGCAUUAACCCUUAAACAUAACACGGUGCCAUUCUCUGAUCAGUCGCUAUAUGCAAUUCCCAAGUAGAUGCCUUAAAAAUACAGUAUAUAUAAAGUGACCUGUGGUACAAUCAACACACCGACAAAUCCAUGUGAAACCGGUCAAAUCAGUCUAAAGAAAGUAUUAAUCAACAUAUAUGCACUAUAUCUGUAUACACCCCGGGGAUAUCUCUACCUGUUAUCGCUAUAGGGAGCCUUGAUUUUAUCAUGUAAUAAGCUAUGUACUACAGAGGAAGGACCUCUGCUAUUUUCAUUGUACUGCGUAGUGCCCGGACAAGAACAACAAUAGAGAACUUGCAUACAGUAGCACAUAGGUUAUCGUCUACCCCAAGUGUGUUACAUCAAAUCUAUAACAAACAAAAAAAGAUGUUACAUAUGCGAACAAAAACAACAUCUCAGGCGUUACAGGGCAUUACAAAUUCCAAUCACAACUCUCCCACUUUGUAAUAUAAAAAAACAACUUUUAUAACUCAAAUAGACACUAUCCACAACGAUGGUACCUGUUGCAAUCUAUCCCAGCAAUUGUGAACAUUCUUACUUGCUUAAUUCGAAGAAAAGUACUGUACUGUAUACGCAACACUCUUUGAGAGGCCAGAAAGUGUAUAAAACCUCCUAAACUCAAGUCAAGCUUAUUCUCUCCUCCUUCAUCAAGAAACUUAUUCUGAAUUUGGGAAUGAAAAACACAAAACAAAAACCACCCCACCCCUAUGAGCACUGUUCUGCUUUUUUUUGUGUGAAAAAAAAAACAUAAGUGCUUUGCAGCCUCUGGCCAUUGGAGACCCCACUGAAGGGCAUUUUCCCUUAGUCACGUGUGAUAGAAACGUGUCAGACUUGAUGUUGAUAUUUUGGGUAGAAGAUUGGGUGUAUAUAAAGGUGAAUGCCGUGGUGGCGUCGAUAGCAGUAGUUCUUUGGGGCUAAAAUCUGCUUUUGGCAGCUUGCGAGUAAUGUGUGUUUAUGAGUAUGUGUGCGUGCGUGUGUGUGUGUGUGUGUGUGUGUGUGUGUGUGUGUGUGUGUGUGUGUGUGUGUGUGUGUGUGUGUGUGUGUGUGUGUGUGUGUGUGUGUGUGUGUGUGUGUGUGUGCAUGCUUGUAAGAGAGAAUGCACGAGGGAUAGAGAGGGUGACACGACACAUUGAGCGAAGAUGAGGGUCUUUCUAUAGAGAUACCUGCCUUAUAGACAGGAGUUUGUACACUGUAAUCUUUUUCACGCUUUUUAUUUGACACCCUUGUUUGUGAUUGUUUUCAAACAUCUUGGGUAUCAUAUAAGUCAAUUCCAUUUUAGGAGGGGAAAAAAACAAGGCUGGGCUUGAUUUACUCUCCAGCUCUCCCCAAAUAAUCCAAAAUUAAAGGAUUUUAUAACUUUUUAAUAUUCCUGUAUUAAGGUAAAGUAUCCUAUACAGAACCAUAAAAUAAAAAUAAACUUUCCAUUUUGGAAACACUUCGGUAAUAUUUGAAAUUCUUGUUUUUGUUAGUGUGGCCAUAGUAGAAUGUGUGAUGUGAUUAUGUGGUUGUGAAUCCAUGUCAGAGAGAAGGGGGGGGGGGUGUGAUUGGGUUCUACCGUAGGGGAGAUCUAUCCAUGUCAGUUCACAAUAAAGGCACCUGGUUUGACCCCACCACCAGUGAAAUACCAGGGUAACAUUUGAAGUGUCAUCAUAGAGUGUUUUACUGUGUUAAUAUCAAGUGUGUUAUGUCGAUCCCACGAAAGUCCUCCUUUAGAAAAAUCAUAAUUACAGGAUGAUGCAACAAUCCACGAGAAAUUUGGCACCUAGCAUUUGACAAAAUUUUGAAGUGUCCAUUAUGGGUUUGGAUUUGGAACAGGCAUGUGUAUGCAACAUCAAGCAAGUAGUUCCGGUGUGAGGAUUGGGUGAAGUAAGUUCUUUGUGGCCCCCAGGCAUCACGGAUUUUUGCACUUUUCAUAAUUUCAUCUCCAGUGAGCUCCAAAAGUAUUAGGACAGUGACACAUUUUUGUUCUUUUGGCUCUGUACACCAAGACUUUGAAAUGGUACAAUGACUAUGAAGUUUAAGUACAGACUGCCAGCUUUAAUUUGAGGGUAUUUUCAUUCAUAUUGGGUGAACCGUUGAGAAAUUACACCACUUUUUGUACAUAGUCCCCCAAUUUUAAGGGAACAAAAGUAUUGGGAGAAAUUCACUUAUGUGUAUUAGCGUAGUAAAGAGUUAAGUAUUUGGUUCCAUGUUCAUAACAUGCAAUCAAGUUUGUGACUCUACGAACUUGUUGGAUGAAUUUUCUGUUUGUUUUGUUUGUGUUUCAGAUUAUUUUGUGCCCAAUUGAAAUGAAUGAUAAAUAAUGUAUUGUGUCACUUUUAUUGUAAAUAAGAAUAUAAUAUAUUUCUAAAGACUACAUUAAUGUGGAUGCUACCAUGAUUGCGAUAAUCCUGAAUGAAUCGUGAAUAAUGAUGAGUGAGAAAGUUACAGACACACAAAUAUCAUACCCCCAAGAAAUGCUAACCUCUCACCAUUACAAUAACAGGGGAGGUUAGCAUUUUAUAUCAUACCCCCAAGAAAUGCUAACCUCCCACCAUUACAAUAACAGGGGAGGUUAGCAUUUUAUAUCAUGCCCCCAAGAAAUGCUAACCUCUCACCAUUACAAUAACAGGGGAGGUUAGCAUUUUAUAUCAUACCCCCAAGAAAUGCUAACCUCUCACCAUUACAAUCAUGCCUGUGUGGCUCAGUCGGUAGAGCAUGGCGCUUGCAACGCCAAGCGUCGUGGGUUCGUUUCCCACUGGGGCCACCCAUAUGCAAAAGUAGUGGCCCCAGCCGACUUGUAAGUCGCUUUGGACAAAAGCGUCUGCUAAAUGGGAUAUAUAUAUAUAUAUAUACAAUAACAGGGGAGGUUAGCAUUUUAUAUCAUACCCCCAAGAAAUGCUAACCUCUCACCAUUACAAUAACAGGGGAGGUUAGCAUUUUAUAUCAUGCCCCCAAGAAAUGCUAACCUCUCACCAUUACAAUAACAGGGGAGGUUAGCAUUUUUUGUGCAUCUAACUUUCUCACUCAUCAUUAUUCACAACUCAUUCAGGAUGCUGUAAAGUGUUUAGAGACAUAUUCUAUUAUUAUUUACAAUAAAAGUGACAACAAAAUUACACAAUACAUUAUUUACCAUGAAAAUGGGACUAAAUACUUAAGUUUGUACUACUUCAAUACACAUAAGUGAAUUUGUCCCAAUACUUUUGGUCUCCUAACUAUGUACAAAAAGUCCUGUAAGUUCUUAACAGUUCACCCGAUAUGGAUGAAAAUACCUGUUAUAUCAGUGUCCCACAUGGUAGAUAUUUAAUAAGUAGACAGGUAUAGGCAGGUUUUGUGUUGCAUACAUUGCAUAAUGUUUAUUUUCAAAUGGCUAAUUUGAUUCUGAUCAUCUAUGGACAUCAUGUACAAGGGUUAAACCGUUUUCACAGAAUGACAUGUAGGCCCACAGAUGAGAAAGGCAUGAUAGAGAUGAGUAUUAUUCAAUAUUCAGUAAUGAUUGUUGUAGGCUAUGCAUGGUCAACCGUUCAAUCAGUACCUUAUGCAAGAAAGACCAGUGGCAAUCAUGCAAUAUCUGUGUAGUUCUACUUACUUAAUGUUCAGUGCUCUAGGGAUUAAGAGGACAGAUGAAUGGACAAAAGUGCUUUCACGAGGUGUGUUUUUACGUGAGCAAUAGAUGUGUUCCAUGUAUUGAUUAUUAACAUCAGGUUGUUGUUGUAAGCAGGAAACAUAAAAACCAGCAUUUUCUGUAUUACUAAUCACUUAACUAAAUAUAUGAAUAAUUCAGUGCCUGUUCAAGCUCACCGUCUCAGUGGAGUGUCCAUUGUCAAUAAAUGUGAUAUGACAACAAAAAAAAGUUAAACAACUUAAAACGAAGCGAUAUGUGUGGGGCGCCUUGGCGUGUUCUCUCAAAUCUUUUUGAAUUUUUAGUUUUGUUUGUUGUUUUGUUUUUGGUUUGAGAUGUGUCUUUGCAAGAGGGUUUUUUGUGCUUCAUUCACUUGAAGGUCAGCUGGGUACGCCCAUCUCAUGCUUGCUCUUUGAGGGGAAAAAGCUAUGCGUACACGUCGUUUGGACAGUGUGUUUCUUUGGAUUGUCAAUUGCUACAUUAUGUUAACUAAUGACAUUUGAAAAUGCUUGCCAACUUCUCAGAAUGGUUGACUUCUUAUGGGUCUUGUGGCACUUUUACUUCCUCUGCACACACAUUAUUACUAUGGCGAAUCACUUCAAGGUGAAUUAAAAAACACAACUACUACAACACUACCAACUAAACAAUACGUAACAGUCUCCAGUAGUAACUUGUAGUUACACAGCAGGUGUGUGCAAAAGUCUACGUAUGUAUUGAAUGUAGGUUUUAGAGGACUUUUGAAACCUUUUUGUUUAUAUCUUUUUAUUUGACAGUUUAGGAACCACAGGUAUGCAUCGUGAACUGUAUAGCGAAGGCCUUGAUAUCCCUUCUUUUUGUUUUCUUUUUUGAUUUUAGAACAUUAAAGCAGUAGGAAAUGCCUUUGAGAUGGUUACAUUUGGUGCAGGGGCUAAAAUUGCCACAAGAUUAAAAUCAGUGUAAAUAAGGCUCAACAUUUUUGGUGAUUGUUACUGUUAUAUCCAACCUAUACUGCUAGCAGAUGUUUUUACUGCAGUCAUUUACUGGACGUGGAUAUAUUUCCUAUGCAAAACUGUUUAAACAAUAAAAUGAGCUAUGCUACAAAAA